AUGGCUAAAGCGAAUUUGACUUUCUGGUUGGUUUUCCUACCGUUCGUAUUAUAUUAUGAUUUUACUUAUGCGCACGUAAAUUUUAACUUUGUUUUAUUACAAGAUUAUCGUAAGUAUAUCGACACCAUGCUAAAGGUGCGUCCAUGUAGCCAAGACUAUAAUUUACUUGGCUUAGUGAAGAUAUUCCAAGACUAUUCAUUUUGGGACAGUGAAAUGAAAAUUGCCACCAACGGUGCAAAUUACCUUACCUCGAUGUGGCGGUUUAAGGACGAGAAAGGUCGUUCCUUGAUCGAGAACGAAGAGGCCAUAUACACUUUAGCAAAGACUAUAGCAAUGUCGUCUGAUCGAAUCUUCGGUUCGGCUGUAUGCUUCGAUGAAAAUAAAUUCCAAGUUAAACGGCAAUUUUGUCCAUACGCUUUUAAGAAUAGCCGUAGGAAUCGAGUAAUAAUAGUCCGUGACUUGGGAAGAUUUAACGACUAUCUCACGAACUCCAUUUGGACUACACUGGAACAUAGAUCAUUUAACAUUUCCAAUUUCACCUGGUGGCGUGUUGGCAAAACAUUUCCUUCAAAGGCCACGCAGCUCAAACAGAGCACUGCAUAUUUCGAUACAAACUUUGAUAACCUUGCCACUAAGAAGAGAAUUAACGUAUCUGGAAAUGGGAAAUACUUUAAUAUCACAUCAAAUUAUAUUCCCAUAAACUACGGAAAAUGGACGUCGCCGUAUUACGAUUGUGUUGGUGGAAAGACAUGGAUGAUUACUUAUUUGGUACCGUUUUACGACGAAACUGACACAUUUUUGUAA